AUGAAGACCUCUAUUCCUCCCAACUCCACUGGCUCCUCGUCUCUUGAGGAGAUCAGGUCGAAAUUGCUCAAAGAGAAAAUGAUUAUCCAGUCUUCGCUCAAGAUGAAAAACAGUCCCAGGGCCUCUGCCAAUGUUAAACAACGCUGCGACAGCGUUAUUGCUCAGGCCCAGAGGAACAUCAGGUACUACGAGCAGUCCAUCAUCCAGCUCCAGGCUCGCGAUAGAGCAAACAGACUAUUCAAUCCAAUGUACCUAAACAGAUUGGAUCUUGUCAAAGAAAACAACCCUUCUUUGGGUCAUAAAAUCGAGUACAUGCUCGAAUUGUUAAACUACAAACUACAGGUCGAAAACAAUCUCCUACUAGCCUCUCUCCGGUUCCAAGAAUCCUACAACAAACGCUCAAACUACAUAAUGGUCAAUCAAGCUAAAAUUCAUGUCUCUGAAUCAAAAAGAAAACUUUACCUCCUAAAAACUGCCCUCAAAGUAUACAAGGAUUUACACAUCAAAAACAAUGAGUUUGACAAAGAUAUCAAACUAAUGAACACAAACAACAUGAGAAAACCCUUAUCCGGUAUUUUGAAAGUUCACAUUAACUCCGCCAUAAAUCUAAUUCACAAUGACGCUGCUCAAUCUCCCUACGACAACUCAACCAAAUCAAAAAUCGUCUUUAGAAUCGACGGCAAACAACUCAGUGAAACGCCUCAAAUCACAAAUGGCCUCUGGAACUCAACAUACACCUUGAAAAUUGCCAAAGGAAACGAACUAGAAAUCUCCAUCCUUGAUCUAAAAGACAAAAAAUAUGAAGAAAUCAGCUACAUCUGGUUUAUUCUUAGUGACAUUGUAGAAGACUUGAGAAGAAAUAAAGUCAAAAAUCUUAACCAAAUCAAUAACUGGUUGCCUGCAAAUGAAACUGGCAGCUUCAAAAAUCCCUUUUUAAUCAACGAUAGCUCAACUAUUAACACAGAUUUCAACUCUUCCACUCCUACUCCUACUUCUCCUACUUCUACUUUUCCACCCCAAUUCAAUCAAAAAAGAGAUAGAGAUUCCGUUGAUACCAUCCACUUUGAAACAAGAAAUAUUCUCCCCUCUGAUAUCUCAAAUAAAAUAAAAUUCUGCUGGUUUGAACUUGAACCCUAUGGAAAAAUUGAACUAGCUUUUGAAUUCGAUAGUAAUCAAAGCUCAAAUUCAAAACCACAAUAUAAACCUAACCAAAACAAUCCUAAACUUCAUCAUCGAAUAAACCGUAAGGAUGCUUUGUUCGAAAAAAAAGAAAAACCCUUAGUCAAAUUCAAUCAUGAAUUAGUCAAUACUUAUAUAAACACGAUCGAAAGAUGUUUUCUAUGUAACCAGUUACUCAGAUUUCAAUGCUGGAAAUGUAAAAAUUGUCAUUUGUUAUGUCAUCUGGAUCAAUGUUCUAUUAAUGUCGUUAACCCCACUUAUUGUACUGCUUAUCAUCCACAAACUGCACCAAUAGCACCAAUAGCACCAACAACAACAUCAUCAUCAACAUCAACAAUUACUCCAACAACACCGCAAAAUCAAUAUCAAAACCAAUAUCAACCCCUGAAUCAAUACCAACCUCAAAAUCAAUACUACCAUCCAAAUCAAAACCAAUAUUCCAACCAAACUCAAUCCCAAUAUCAAAACCAAUAUCAAUAUCAAAAUCAAUACUACCCUCCAAAUCAAAACCAAAAUCAGUACAAAAACCAAAAUCAAAUUCAGCAAACUUAUCAACUCCAAAAUCAAUACCCAUCUAACAUUGAAAACACUUUCCCGAUUCCCUAUCAAUCUACAUUGCAAGACAAAUAUCAGCCUCCAAACAAUCAGAAUUUCUCAAAUCAAUCACAAUUCAUACCUCAAAAUCAAAUUCAGGGUUAUGAAAGAUAUCAACCUGAAAAUUAUUUUCAAAAUAAUCAUGCUCUGAAUUAUAAUGACCAAAAUUCACAAAAUAAUGAAAAUAAUGCAAUUUUAAGAUAUAACGGAAACAAUGAAAACAAUGAACAUAAUGAAAAUAAUGAAAAUAAUGAAAUUUUAAAAAACAAUGAAUUAGAACCUCAAGAUUUUUUAAGUACAUCCUUAACAAACCACUCAGAUAUUUCUACCAUGACUAAUUUGAGCGCCGAAAAAAAACGAAAAAAUAGAUAUCGUGUUAAGGAUUUUACAUACAUCAAAGUUUUGGGAAGAGGACAGUUUGGUAAAGUCAUGCUUGCUCAAUCCAAUAGAUCAAAGAAACUUUGUGCGAUUAAAAUGCUUAAGAAGAAAUCGAUUGUUGAUGAUCACCAGAUAAAGGAACUUAGACAAGAACAAAAGAUGUAUUUAAUCGCUAAUAAAUCAAAUAAUCCAUUUUUAACAAAAAUGUAUUGCUCUUUUCACACUCGAACUAGAAUUUACUUUGUAAUGGAGUUUGCCUCCGGAGGAGAUUUAAUGUUCCAUGUUCAAAAGGAUAAAUUCAAUCUAAGAAUAACUCGUUUUUUCGCCGCAGAAAUUCUUUUAGGAUUAAAAUAUUUGCAUGAUCAAGGAAUAGUUUAUCGUGAUUUGAAGUUGGAAAACAUUUUGUUAACCAAAGAUGGGCAUAUUAAGAUAGCAGACUAUGGUUUGUGUAAAGACAAUAUGGGUUACGGAAAUUUCACAACAUCAUUUUGUGGAACAGCUGAUUACAUGGCACCCGAAUUAGUUGAGGUUAAAGAUUAUGAUAAAUCUGUGGAUUGGUGGGCAUUUGGAGUCUUAAUUUAUAUAAUGGUUUUGCAAAAGACCCCCUUUGGAAAUUUCUCUGAUGAUGAAUUGGAAUUGAACAACUCGAUUUUAUAUGAUGAGCCCGAGUUUCCUCCAGCCAUGCCUUAUAAUCUUCUAGAUUUAAUAAGCAAACUAUUGGAAAAAAAUUUCAGAAAGAGAUUGGGAAGUAGUGAGAGAGAUGCUCUCGAUAUCAUGGAACAGCCAUUUUUCGAGUCAAUCGAUUUUGAAGAAUUGAUCAAAGGUAACGUCGAGUCUCCCUUCAAAGUUAACGUUGGAGACGAAAUGGAGGCAAGCAACUUCGACGAUGAAUUCACCUCUUUAGCUGUUAACCUAUCGCCAGUUUCCUCAAUCACAGAGACUGAGCAAAGAAUGUUCAGUGGGUUUUCUAGAGUCUGCGUUUCUGAGCUUUAA